AUUUGAGUAACUAUGACCGAGAUUCUCAGAAAAAUCGGCAGACUCCCUCUCAAAUUUGGAAAUUGGUAUGACUCAAAGCUCAAAAGUCGACCAAUAAUAACUAAGAUGGCCACUACUUGAGUGAUCACUGGCGCAGCUGAUCUCACAAGUCAGAUUCUUGCUAAAUAAACUAAGAAAGGACCAGGAAAGGGAGUUGCACCCAAUAUAUUCUUUAAAGUAUGGACUAUAUUGAGGAUCGAUCAAUGCUCCUUACAUGCAUUUCUACUACACACAUUUUAUUGAUAAAGUUAUUCCAGGGGUAACAAUGAAGUCGAUUUGGAUGAAAGUAGCUUGAGAUCAGUUCAUUUUCUCUCCAAUAUUCUGUCACUAUAUGUUAUUCAUAAUUGCAAAAUUGAAUGGGAUGAACAAUAAAGAUGCAGCUAAAAAGAUGAGGAAGAAUUAUUGGCACACACAGCUAAUGGCUUGGAAAGUAUGGCCAAUAGCAUGCUUUAUCAAUUACUGUUUCAUGCCUGUUAGAUACAGAGUUUUCUUUCUAAAUAUGGUGGGAUUCUUCUGGGCAAUCAUUUUCUGAUUCAAAAAUUCAAAUCCAGGAAAUUACGAAGAAAAUAAUAUUGAUCGUGAUGAAGCAGACGCUAUUAUAAACGCUCCUUAAGAAUUACGUAACAUCUCUAGAUUUCUCUAAAACACGCACCAAAGAUUUAA